AUGUUAUCUUCAUCUUUCAUUUCAUUUCUUGUGCCACUGCAUGACAAUGUUGUUAGGGAGACAUUGCGUUUACGACCACCUAUUCUUACGAUUAUUCGUAAAGUUAUUAGAGAUAUGAAAAUUCCAGGUACAAAUUAUGUCAUACCAAAAGAUUACUACAUCCAGGCUAUUCCAGUGGUUUCAGCAUGUUCAGAUGAAUUUUUUGAAAAUGCACAGACAUUCAAUCCUGGUAGAUGGGAGGAGUUUGAUAAGAGCAACUUAGUUAAGGAAAGGAAUGAUGAUCUUGUGGAUUAUGGAUUUGGUGUUUUGCAUUCUGCUAGUGCCAAAUCACCAUUUAUUCCAUUUGGUGCAGGUAAACUAUGGUUAUUAUUAAUUAAAUUUACUAUAAUAAAUAGAUUUUAG